GCUGCGACGACCUGAUUGGCUCUGUCUUCGAGUUCGGGAAGAACUUGUGCGCUGUGCAUCUGUCCGAGGAUGAGAUCGCCUUGUUCUCAGCAUUUGUGCUGAUGUCUGCAGAUCGAUCCUGGCUUCAGGAGAAGGUCAAGGUGGAGAAACUGCAGCAGAAGAUCCAACUGGCACUUCAGCACGUCCUGCAGAAAAACCAGCGAGAGGAUGGUAUUCUCACAAAGUUGAUAUGCAAAGUGUCCACUCUGCGAGCGCUGUGCAGCCGGCAUACAGAGAAGCUGAUGGCUUUCAAAGCAAUAUACCCGGACAUCGUGCGCACACACUUCCCUCCCCUGUAUAAGGAGCUGUUUGGCUCGGACUUUGAGCAGGCGGCACCGGUGGAUGGGUAGCCGUGCCGCUGCGCUGAGGAACGUGAGCGGGCCAGAGCCGGAGCAAUCUGAGACGCGUCACCGUAGCCGUGGAUUUCGGGACAGUCCACUCGCUGCACACUCGGGGGGGGGGGGGGGGGGGCUUCUUCUCUUUUGGUUUGUCUUGUUGUCAUUUUUCGUUUUUUUCUUCUUCAGUUAUAAAGCGGUGUGGGGUCCUUGUCAUGGGCAGUCUUUGGAGGUGUCUUGUUCAGGGUGAACUCCAACCUCUCCUGCAUAUACUUCUGGGGCAAUUUUUUUUAUUUUUUACCCAUUUUACUGUCUUCAGAGCGUUGAAGAAUUCCCCUCAAUCAAACGUCUGGAGCAACUGCGAUCCCGGCCAGCCCAUCUUUUCUCCAACAGCCCUUAAUUUAUCCCGUUUUCAUCAAAACAAAACAAUCCCAGCUAUGCUGUUUGACGAGUCCAUUGUGAAUCCUUCGGCUUGUACCACUCCCAAAAGACAGAGGGGAUUCUUCUAAGCCAAACUGUGGACCCAGUGGGGACUCGAGGGCUUGUUGAGCUCCACGUAUAUCCUGGGGAUCCCCAAGCCACUUAUACUCUUAUAUGGUAAGUGUCUAUAAGGCUGACUCAUCGUCACACGAAAAGGGGGCAAAAUGCAGGAAAAGGAUCGUUCACCGGCGCAGACGCGAAAGGCACCUUUACGUGGACAAUCAUGAAAUUCUGUCCGUUCUGGUCAAAUGCAAAGACUUAAGAUGUCAAAGAGUCCAUCCUUCAUUGUGACACAGUGAAACCAUGUAAGUUCAUAGGCUGUAAGUUCCUCCAUGAAGAAGUAUCCUGCAGAAAUUCAGCAUACUGACAUAACGGUGCAGUUCCACCUGUUUCAUAAUGUACUACAGGGUAUACGGUCUUAAGUACUUACUUAAAUACAAAAAGGUAAUAUUUAUAGAAUCUAUUUUAAAUAAGAUAUUAGUAGGUAGAAUAUUCUUAAUUGUUGAAUUGAUAAGGCACUUUUUGCACCUUUAUUUUAUUUAAGACUUGUGUAAAACCUUGUAGUGUGUUGCAUGUGCACAAGAAAUACAGUCUUAACCACAUCCAUGGACAUCAGCUGUGGGAGGGAUGGGUGCUGUCAGAGCUCUAGGUGUGGGGGGGUUGGUAAGGUUAGCUACCACUGGCACUGCCAGGAACAAAUUUCACUGCUAACUCAUUGUUCUUUCUCUAGAAGUCACCUGUCAUUGGUUCCUCUUACUGAGGAUGACUGUUGAAGUGUCUGUAGGGAAUAGACACUUCAUCAGGGUGAAAUCUCACAACUGACCAAGGCCUGGUGCUGGGUUUAUCGUAGGAAACCUUGGUCUUUAGAUCACUGCAGAUUACUAUGGCUCAUUUACAAGCUUUGUCCAUCCAUAAAUAUAGCACUUCUUUACAGAGGAGACCCGGUAAUGGACACACAAAUACACACUUUAACCAACAUGGGAAUCAUUAUGAGAAAACAAUCCCACAAACUCUGCACACAGACACGUGUUCAUACAUGCUCAUUAGUAAGAUCUGUAACACGCAAUCAAGAGACCAGAGAUCGCGCCAGGAUGUGUCAUGGCGAAUCUGUCUUACCAGAAAGAAGAGUGAUUUUCUGCCGAUUUUUUUUAUUUCAAUUACUUAUUUAUUGCAAUACUAGGGUUUUAACUGAGGUCUAUAGAAGUAAGUGCUUAUUUCAGCUUAAUGCUGCCUGUGAAUGCCAUAUGCAUCUCAAAAUCGCCAUCUAGUGGCUAAGAAGGGGAGGUCUCCUUGAACACAUUUCCCACAGGCUACUAAACCCUAAGAUCAAAAGAAGAGGGAAUUUGCAGUGGUAACCCUUGUGGCAACCAACAGUCCCAGACUAUUUCAGACCGUCAGCUGAUCCUUACAGGUUUUUUUUCCCCCCUAUCCAUUCACUGUGUGUGU